AUGGAGAUGACCCCUGCGACUGCGAAAUAUGGUUUGGGCCCAGGAGCGCUUCGCUUGCGCAUGAUUAAUGAAGGUGAUGCUUUGGCUAACAAAUGUAUCAAGAGGCGGCUGAGGGAAUCCCCUGUGCCUGCAAUAAGCUGCAAUAAUGAAGGUGAGCAGCAACAACAACAGAAACAACAACCUACGACGACUACCACUACUGGCGUCAAGAGAAGUUCAAGAUUUCGUGGGGUCAGCAGACAUAGAUGGACUGGACGUUUUGAAGCUCAUUUGUGGGAUAAGGGAUCAUGGAAUCCAACCCAGAGGAAGAAGGGAAAGCAAGUGUACCUAGGGGCUUAUGAUGAAGAAGAAUCUGCUGCAAGAGCAUAUGAUUUGGCUGCCCUCAAGUAUUGGGGAGCAUCAACUUUUACAAAUUUCCCGGUAUCUGAGUACGAGAAAGAAAUAGAGAUAAUGAAGACUGUAUCAAGAGAAGAAUACUUGGCCUCUUUAAGAAGGAGGAGCAGUGGUUUUUCAAGAGGUGUAUCCAAGUAUAGAGGAGUUGCAAGGCACCAUCACAAUGGAAGAUGGGAAGCAAGGAUAGGGGGGGUGUUUGGAAACAAAUAUCUCUACCUUGGAACUUACAGUACUCAAGAGGAGGCUGCUCAUGCUUAUGAUAUCGCAGCAAUAGAGUAUAGAGGCACUAAUGCAGUAACAAACUUCAACUUGAGCACAUACAUUAGAUGGCUAAGAGCAGGUGCCAAUUCUCUUGCUUCCCAAGAACCAAAACCAAUUAUAGAGCCCCAGCCUCGGACAAUGUCCUCUAACCCCAUUUCAAGUGGGGUAACAACCGAUCAACAAUUCAUCUUUCACUCCAAUACCUUGACAGUGGAUGCCAAGGACAAUGCCCUAAGAAAACAGGAAGUUUUUCAAAGUGAAACUAAGUCACCAUCCCCAACUGCACUUGGCCUUCUCCUAAGAUCUUCACUGUUUAUAGAGCUAACAGAGAGGGCUUUGAAUAACACCGACAUGGAAGCCGAAGAGAAUGACACCAAAUUCCCUGUGCAUACAAUCAACGACAAAGGGAUUGGAGGGAUUUUUCACAACGAAAUUGGUAAUCUCGCCUACAUGUGUUCUACCGAUGACAAUCCAUUGCCUGGUCUAAUAUCACCGCAGGAAAGCACUUUGCAUUUUAUCAACUCCUCCGGAGACUGGAAUCGUACCUUAAGCGUCCCUCACUAG